AUGGACGCCAAGUUCAAGGUGAACCAGCUGUCGCAUCCAGUCAUCGUGUGCGGUGUGUCGGACAAGAACCGGUCGUUCCACCUGGUGGCACUGUUCAUCACAUCUCAGCGACUGGAGGGGCUGUAUGUGAAAGCUCUGUCGGCACUGCGGAAGGUGUUUACUACGGUAACGGGCCAGCAACUUUUGACCAAGUACACCAUGGCGGAUGCUGAAGCGGCGCAGCAAAAUGCUGUUGACCAAGUCUUCGGUGUGGACUCGGACUAUGUGUACCUGAUGUGCUUCUACCAUGUGAUGGCCAAGGUCUACGAGCGAGUCAAGAGUGUUCCCAGCGGCUGCAUUGGAACGCUCUUCCAACUGCUAGCGGAUUGUUGCGAACACCAGUCGGUUACUCCAAGAAAGUUCAAGGACGUUCCUGACGUGACUCAACAGCUCGAGGCCAGGGUCAAUGACUUUCGGCAGCGGAACCUACUCGUCGACAUGACACCAAACCGGUCCAGCAUCGAGGUCCUACUCGUGUCACCGAAUCCCAACCUUCCGAGAGACUGCCCUGUGUCAGCGCAUAUGGGGUCCAACUACGCGCGCAUGGAGCUAGAAGGACAACUGGAGUGCGGCUGGGAGGUUGAUCUCAAGAACUACACCGGCCUCGACGGCAAGCGUACACUCGUUAUUCGCUCCGUGCCCAAGAAGCACCGCCGGACGCGGACGGUAGCCACGCGAGUUCCCACUGGCCGCCCCAAAACCAACGGGCAUGCACUGAGCACUGACUAG